ACAAACAAAUGACAUAAAAGAUUGAGAAGUGUAAGAAACAAAAAAGAGGUACAAUAUCUAAUUUCUUCAAUCAAGCCUUCAUCAAUUCAUUGAUUCAUUCCUUCACCGUUACAAUUCACAAAUAACAACAAAACAAAAAAAACUCUCUUAUAUAUUAAAUCUGGUGUUGUUGUAAAGAAAGAAUAAAGAAAGUGUAAAAUAAGAAGAAAGGAAAGGGUGGUGAGUGAUGGAAGAAGGCCUAGUUUGCCAGUGGAGCGUGGUUAGAUCUCUUUUGGCAAUUCUUCAAUGGUGGGCUUUCAAUGUCACUGUCAUUAUCAUGAACAAAUGGAUCUUUCAGAAAUUGGAUUUCAAGUUUCCCCUAUCGGUAUCCUGUAUCCACUUUAUCUGCUCAGCCAUUGGAGCAUAUGUGGUAAUUAAAGUGCUGAAGCUUAAACCACUCAUAUCUGUUGACCCUCAAGAUCGCUGGAGAAGAAUCUUUCCUAUGUCAUUUGUGUUCUGUAUUAAUAUAGUUUUGGGGAAUGUGAGCCUACGCUACAUACCAGUUUCUUUUAUGCAAACAAUAAAGUCAUUCACUCCUGCAACAACAGUUGUUUUGCAGUGGCUAGUAUGGAGAAAAUAUUUUGACUGGCGUAUUUGGGCUUCUCUCGUACCCAUUGUUGGAGGAAUUCUUCUGACAUCUAUUACAGAGCUUAGUUUUAACAUGUUCGGAUUUUGUGCUGCCUUAUUUGGCUGUUUGGCUACUUCUACAAAGACUAUCCUUGCAGAGGCUCUGUUGCAUGGUUACAAAUUUGACAGCAUAAAUACAGUUUAUCACAUGGCACCUUUUGCAACCUUGAUCAUGGUGUUUCCUGCUUUGUUACUUGAAGGCAAUGGAAUCCUUGAGUGGUUCAGUAUCCAUCCUUAUCCUUGGGCGGCCAUGAUCAUUAUUUUCAGCUCUGGUGUUUUGGCAUUCUGCCUUAAUUUCUCUAUUUUUUAUGUGAUUCAUUCCACCACGGCUGUAACAUUUAAUGUUGCUGGAAACCUGAAGGUUGCAGUCGCCGUCCUCAUUUCUUGGCUGAUAUUUAGGAAUCCAAUUUCAUAUAUGAAUGCGGUUGGAUGUGCCAUAACUCUUGUUGGAUGUACAUUCUAUGGUUAUGUUAGGAACAUGAUCUCCCAACAACCAGCAGUUCCGGGAACUCCUCGGACACCCAGGACGCCUAGGAGUAAGAUGGAGUUGCUUCCGCUUGUAAAUGAUAAAUUAGAUGACAAGGUCUAAUUGGUUUAGUUACUAGUGAAGUUUCUGUUGUUUGAAAUUACAGUAAUAGCUAAAGGUAAAAAUAUAAAAGUGACUUUGAUUGGAUUAUUUAUCCUGUUAGAUUUUCCUCAGUUUCUAAUACACAGUUCUUUUUUGAGCCCAUGUUGGCUUGAUUUCAACAUGAUUGUUAUCUCCCCA